UUGUUAACAAAUUAAUUGUUAGUAAUAAUUUAAAAGCCGUGGCAAUACGAACGUCUGUGCUCUUUAUCGAUAUUGUCAAAUUAUUGUAGACAAUUGUGGUGAAAAGAUCGUUUAAAGAACGAAGAAUAAAUACUCGUUAGAAUAAUAGACAAAAAAAUUUAAAAGUAUUAAAGAAAUUUGCUAAUACUUUUUAAUAUUUAAAAGAACAUAUUUUUUUAAAAACAAAAUUAAGUAAAAUAUAUAAAAAAUGAAAUUAUUUUAUAUAUUUUUACUAGCGGCACUGACAGUGACCCAUUCCAAAGCUGAAAUUUUACAAUGUUACGUUUGCGAUGGCGACGAUUGCUCCGAUAUUUCAAAAAUGACCAAAGAAUCUUGUGGACCUGAGGAAAUAACAACACCAGAACCUGAGCCAGUAUCAACAACGGAAUCAACAAGUGGAACGGAAACUACCGAAUCACAUGAUACAACAACUGAAUCAGGUUCAGGAGAACCGGAAACAACAACGGAAUCUGGCGAAACAGCAUCGACUACAGAAAGUCCUGAAUCAACAACAGGCUCAGGCGCAACAACGACUACUGAAUCUGCAGCACCAACAACAACAAUUGCUCCAGAAACGACAACAAUUGGAAGUGAAACAACAUCGGAAGCUAGUCCUGAAAUAACAACUACUAGUGCUCCGGAAACAACCACUUCAGGAUCUGUUACAACAACUAAUACACCUGAAUCAACAUCAACUGGUGCUACAGAAACGACAACUAAUACACCUGAAUCAACAACAACUGGUACUCCAGAAACAACAACUUUAGAAACUAUUACUACAACUAACACACCUGAAUCAACAACAACUGGUGCUCCAGAAACAACAACUUCACAACCCGAAACAACAAGCAUUAAACCCGAAUCUACAACUAUUAAAGAUCCGAUAACAACGACUUUGGGGACAGUUGAGCCAGAAUCGACUACUGUUGACGAUCCGGUAACAGCACCAUCUACAGUUCAACCCGAAACAACAACUGUUUCAGCACCAGAAACCCCAACCUCAGGUCCUGCAACAACAACCAUUGCAACCGAAACUACAAUUGGUAAUUCUCCUUUAACAACAACUGUAAAAUCCGAAUUGACUACCAACGAACCAGAAACAACAACCGUUUCCUCACCAGUAACCACAACUGCAGAUUCUACAACAACAACCAAUACAGCCGAAACAAAAACUGUUAAUACCAAAUCAAAACGUUCAAUUUCUCCAUCAGCUAUAUUACUAAACAAUUAUCGUCGUAUUUCCCGUAGUCGUCGCGAUACCAGCGGAAUCGGCUAUAGCUGUUACUCUGUGGAAUAUAAAGACAAUGAUAAAACCAAACUGAAAAAGGGCUGUGUUGCCAUACCAACUGAAAAAUCUGCCUGUGAAGUGGUUGCUGAUAAGGUCGGCGAAGAGAACAUGAUUAAAGACUCCUGCAAAGUUUGCAUGAAUAAUUUAUGCAAUUCCAGUUCCAUGCUGCAGUUUUCCAUUUUAACACUAUUCUUGGCCAUAUCUGUUAAAUUUUUAAUGUGAUUUUAUAUAUUUGUAUAAUAUUUUUUAAAAUAAUUAGUUUUAUAUUAAUGUGGAAAAAUAAAUAAUUAAGAAUACAACAAU